AUGGAACAUCAAGACCAAGACUAUAUAGGCGAAGUUGAACUUCAAGCACCCUCUCCCGACCAGUACCACAUCUCCCUCGACCCCGACUCAUUCAAUCUGGGUAGCCCACCCUUCCCCCACACGCCCUCUUACAACGGGUCAUACCACAACUCACCUUACUCAAACCAUUCGGAGCUGUCGUUCAACGGAGAACAGGAGUCGUUUGGUCUUUUCGAGGACGAGCAUUCAGACGCCCGUGUCCGCGAUUACGAUCCAUCGGAAUUCGACGGGCCACAAUCCUCCUCCCUGCUUAUGUUCAAUGACAACGAGUACAUGCCCGGCCCAUACGAUCCUUCCCAAAUAUCUUCUGUCCCUGUAGGGCUAGGGCCCGACCUACGGCAUGGCUCAUUCGACCCCAGCUCACCUUCGAGUAACGGUGGAGAUAGUGGAGAAGAGGGCCAUUUACGAAGCAGGGCUUCUUCUGUGUCUUCCAACCAUCUUUCACCUUCACCACGAAUGGAUUUCGCGCAGUCAUUCGAGAACAUGACGGUCAAAUCUCCUAAUUGGAAUACCGACCCUCUUCCCCGCGAGCCUCCCGGUUCUCCAGGUCUACAGAAGCCGCAAUCACCUCCACGACUCGUUAUGCCUCCCGAUGUUACUGGACCUCCCCCCACCUUUGCACCCCCCAUUAUUAAUGCACCAGAAGGCGAUGGAUUAGGACCCCAACUACACAUUGUGCCUGCCACACCUGUGAGUGGUGGAGCUGGGGUCGCAACCGCUGUGCCGUUUCAGAGCAAUCUAGAGACUCUACAUCAGGGAACUGCGUUGUCCACCUCCUCCUCAUCUCAACCGUGGAAGUCUGCUCAGCAGGACGACCGUCCCAACAAUUCCCAACCCUACCUUUUCCCGACCGACCUACCACCGCGAUCACGUAGCCAGUCAAACCCGUCCCUCGAACCGCCAACAUGGGACACGGGCAAUUUCAUCAAUCAGAUGGGCAACAUAGGGUCGGCGCUCGAUGAGGGAACUGUUUCGAUGAACGAUGUAGUCCCAUCCUCCCGCCACCAUGGCUUCGAGAAUGGCGGUAGCCCCCAUCGCGCGUCGUUUGGCAACCAACCACCUCCACUCAGUCACUUCAGCUUCGGACCUCCCAGCUCGACCAACAAUUUCUUAUCGCCAGAUGCCGGCGUCAAUCUUCGACGAACCAAGUCUGACACUGGGCGGCCUAGUCAUGUUAGACAGUCCCGUUCAGAAGAUCUUCGUGCUGGUUCCUCGCUCUUUCCGCCCGAUGGCGCCGACUUUUUACGGGGCUCCAACUCGUUUUUAUCUCCAAUCGAGCCCCUUCCCUCAAUUCGCGGGCGAAACCUUCACCAGCGUAGUGCAUCAGGUGGUUCGAUUCGAGGCAGCGAGCGAGCUAGUGGACUGUGGAGCGGCAAUUCUUCUGCCCGACCAAGUCCGUAUCCUAGCCCACACGCUUCCCCAAAUCCUCACUAUAGCGAUCUACCCCCCGAUGUCGAAGUCCCGAUGGUUGUUUCCAAGCCUAAUGUGACUACUGUGCGGACAAGCAAAGCAUCUCAUAAUCGGCGGAAGCAAGAAGCAACGUUCUUGUGCCCUGUCCCCGGCUGCGGUAGCACAUUCACGCGAAGCUUCAAUCUCAAGGGUCAUAUCCGCAGUCACAAUGAGGAGAAGCCGUUCUUGUGCAAAUGGCCCGGGUGUGGAAAGGGCUUUGCACGCCAACACGACUGCAAACGACACGAGCAGCUGCACACGAAUUAUCGUCCGUUCACCUGCGAUGGAUGCAACAAACAGUUUGCGAGGAUGGAUGCGCUUAACAGGCAUUUGCGCUCGGAUGGUGGCGCAGACUGCCAACGCGCACUGGAAGCUAAUGGUCGGCUUCCCAACGACUUUGGCCAAGUACCUCAAGGAGGCGGCUUGAUGCUUGACGGUGGCCCGCGGCAGCGAUCGUACAGCACAGGCAGCUACCCAGGCUCCCCAGACCCUACACAACAACCGCCUGUAAGACUAAUGGCGAAGUCGGAGGAUCCAUGGGCCAACAUGAAUGGGGUUGCGUUGUAA